GUUAGUUUAGUCAGCUAGAGGGAUUUUAGUUUACGGUAGUAGUAAAGGUAUUCUACCGGUCUAUGCAAUCUAUGCACCUAUGCUUAUUGCAGGCAUGGUUUGACGUAGCCGGUAUGGAAUCUCUGCAGGAGAGGCAAGAGAACGAAAUACAGGCACUUAAGGCUAUCUUCACCCAUGAACUGCAGGAUGUUCGUGAAAAGGAAGCCUGGAAUGUGUGGCGUCCUCUUGAAAUUGUGAUCACAUUGACACCUCAGCAAGGAAGCAGUGGUCUGCAGGAAGUGCAUGCUCAUAUUGACCUUCAUGUGACAUGUUCAGAGCAGUACCCAGAACAGGUACCAAAGAUUGAACUUGAGAAGAGCAAGGGUCUCUCACAUCAGCAUGUUGUCCAGUUACAGUCUGAGUUAGUGAGUUUAGCUCAGGAACUUAAGGGUGAAGUGAUGAUAUUUGAACUUGCUCAGCAUGUAAAAAAAUUCCUCCAUGUUCACAACAAACCAGGAUUUAAAUCUUUCUACGAGGAGAUGUUGUCACUCCAGGAGAAGCAGCAACAACAACAGCAGCUGAUCAAGAAACAGAAGGAAGACAAACAGAGGCAGGCAAUUCAGGAUGAAAUCCAAAGAAAGCAGGAAGCCCUGAAGGAGGAGCAGCGACGUCAGAGGAGUCAGUGCAGGUCUGCUGAUGACGACAAAGCUUCACCUGUUAACAGUAACCAUCCUGGGCAUGCUGAGAGAAGUCAGAGCUGCAGUUAUGUGCGCAGCUGUUCAAACUCCAGGAGGAGGAGUCAGAGCUCAUCAGAGAGCAACGUGAGUUCCCCAUGCAGUCAUAAGGGAACAAAACUUAUGCAGUUCACUCAUCGGGGUGAGAGACAGAUUUACCGUGGUACAUGUUUAGGUCACAGUCCAAGAGGCAGCAUAGUAUAUGCUGGUGUAGAUGCAACAACAGGUGAAGUGGUUGCCAUUAUUGAAUGGUCAUUCAAACUGAAACCAAAGAAUAGCAAGAAAUUGGCUUUACAUGAUACGGGUUCUGAUUCCAGCAAUCUCACAAAUUACAUGAAGCAGGUAUCUAGUAUUGAACAAGAAUUGAAUUAUCUUCAGAAAUUGAAGCAUGAAAAUUUAAUUCAGUAUAUUAGCAUGAAAUGUGUUCAGGAAAAAGAAUAUCUGGUCAUUUAUAUAGUUCAGGAAUUUGUAAAUGGUAUAAAUUUAGCCUUUUGCCUUAUGGAAAACUUGCCUGUAGAUGGAGAUUUCUUACGACAUUAUUCAGCUGGCAUUUUGUGUGCAUUGGCUUACUUGCACAGUAACAACGUUGUCCAUAAAGACCUCCGAGAUACCAGUGUGUUCAUUGGCAAAUGUGGUGUAGUUAAAGUUGGAGACUACAGCCUGGACAAACGUUUGGCGGAUAUUUCCCAGGCCUUUGUGAAUGGAAAAGGAGACAACACUUACCCUCCGUCUCUUGGUCGAGGAGGCAAGAAAGCUGACAUUUACCGCUUUGGAAUUCUGAUGCUGUCCCUUAUCAGUGGCUGCAUAAUCCAUGACACUGUACCUGAAAUACCACCCACCCUUCAGCCAGAACUCAGAGAUUUUCUCUCAAAGUGCCUGUUGAAAGAUGAGCGACAGAGAUGGAGUGCAGAACAGCUGUUAGAGCAUCAGUUUCUUAAAAGCCCUGUGGAACAUGGGCUGAGUCCACAGUGGAGUAUAGAAGAAAAGCAGAAAUAUAUGGAGGAGACUGAAGAUGAAGAACCAGAUUCCGAUAUCCAUUUGUUUUUGCCAGCUAAUCCCAAAGGACAGUCUCGAAUCCAAAAUGAAUUUGAGGUUUUAAAGUGGUUAGGAAAGGGUGCCUUUGGAGAUGUUUUGAAGGUUCGUAAUAAAUUGGAUGGUGGUAUGUAUGCAAUCAAGCGUAUUGAACUAAAUCCAAAGAACAAACAGCUGAACAGAAAGAUAACUCGUGAAGUAAAGCUUCUGUCCCGCCUGAACCAUGAAAAUGUUGUGCGCUACUACAACUCAUGGAUAGAGAGUGCAACCAUUGAACCUGCUUCGAUACUGAGUAGCACUGCCCCUUCUCCUGCACCCUGUGUCAUCACUAAGCUGGAUUCUAACCAGUUAGUCCUCUCUGAUGACGUCGAGAGAUUGGCUCCGCCCGUGACAGAUGUGAGUGUAGAGUGGAGUGUGUCGUAUGAAUCCAGAGCAAGCGCUUUGCACGAGGAGAGUGCCAGUUCUGAUGACAGCUCAGAUGAAGAUGAGGGUUGGAUUAGCUUUAUGCCUUGUUCUGCUUCCUCAGAUGGGAUUUUGUUUGAGAAGGAUGAGGUGGUGACGACAUGUUUGCAAUCUGAGACAGACUGUGAAGAGAAUAAAGAUUCAGCUGUUGCUUCACACUGCAGAGAGAUACAGUUCAUGUAUAUACAGAUGGAGUUCUGUGAGAAGAGCACAUUAAGGACUGCUAUUGACAGUGGGUUGUGUGAGGAUGAGGAGAGGAUAUGGCGACUUUUCAGGGAGAUAGUUGAAGGUUUAGCACACAUCCAUCAGCAGGGCAUGAUUCAUCGGGACCUGAAACCAGUAAAUAUUUUCCUUCAUUCAAAUGAUCAUGUCAAGAUAGGUGACUUUGGACUGGCUACAACCAACAUUUUGCCAAGACAUCUGGCCUCAACUCCUGCAAAGGAUCAUGUUGCUGAUGGAAAGUUGACAGAUACACCUUCAUUCUCACAUGAGAUGGGAGAUGGCUCCUUGACUGGGCAGGUGGGAACAGCCUUGUAUGUUGCUCCUGAACUCAGUACAUCAGGCAAUAAAUCAAUUUACAAUCAGAAAGUUGAUAUCUACAGUUUGGGUAUAAUAUUCUUUGAGAUGUGUUAUCAUCCACUUCUGACAGGCAUGGAGAGAGUGAAAGUUCUGGUAAAUCUUCGGAGCAGUGAGAUUAUUUUGCCUUCUGACUUUACACAAGAUGGAAAGUCACAACAGGUUCAUAUCAUUAGAUGGCUUCUAAAUCAUGACCCAAGUCAGCGUCCAACAUCUCUUGAGUUACUGCAGUCAGAUUAUGUUCCACCACCUCAGCUGGAAGAAGCAGAACUGCAGGAAAUGGUUCGUCACACGCUAUCCAACCCUCAGAGCAAAGCAUAUAAAUAUCUUGUGAGCUCUUGCUUUAAACAGGAGGUAACACGAGCAGAAGACAUAACGUUUGAUAUGAAUGUUGGCAAGAGCACAUCGUUGCCCAUACCACUAAUGCUGCAAGAACUAGCAAAAGAGAGAAUUGUGCGAGUGUUCCAGAAGCAUGGUGCCACCUGUCUGUCGACACCUCUUCUCAUGCCACAGAACACAUUAUAUGACAACACAGAAUCCUGUGUGCGCCUCAUGACUCACUCUGGUGGCAUUGUAAGCAUCCCACAUGACCUCCGUGUCCCAUUUGCACGCUACGUGGUCUGGAAUGGAAUUACGUGUCUCAAGAGAUAUGCCAUUGAUAAAGUGUACAGAGAAAAGAGAGUGUAUGGCUUUCAUCCAAGAGAACUGUAUGAAUGUGCAUUUGAUAUUGUCACUCCAAACACAGGAACUCUGAUGGCAGAAGCUGAGUUACUUUCCAUAGCUUGGGAAGUCGUGAAUGAGUUCCACAGUCUCCGAGACAAGACCUGUGUGAUUCGUCUGAAUCAUGCAUAUCUCUUGAAAGCAAUUCUGAUGCACUGUGGGAUUGAGGAAGAGAAGUACCAUGACAUUUACACUAUUCUUAGUGAGGCCAAGGAUGAGAAAUAUUCAAAGUUUCAAGUGCAAACUCAUUUAAUCAGUCUCUGUCUAAAGGACCAUGUAAUGGUUACAUUGUUUAGUCUAAUUGGGACAGAGAAUCCAAUUUCCAAAGUUGCCAGUGCUUUCCGUAUUAUCACCAAGAGAAAGGGUGAGGCAGCAUCAUUAGCCAAGCAAGGCUUGCAUGAAUUAGAGACGAUUAUCUCCAACACAGAAGCCCUAGGAGUGAAGUGUCCUAUUGUGGUUGCCCCAGGACUUGUGUACAAUGUGCAGCAGUACUCGGGUAUGAUGUGUCAGCUAGUAUGUGAAUUAAAAAAGAAAAGAAGACGAAGCGGAAUGGAUGUAAUUGCUGCUGGCGGGAGAUAUGAUCAUAUGCUGGCCGACUUCCGUAAAACACUGGACAUUACUGGUAUAGCCUCUAAGGAGGUAAGUCAGGCUGCAGCUGGGAUCAGCAUCUCACUUGACAAGAUAGUGUCUGUGUUACAAGAUGAGAGUAAUGCUCCAGCUGUUGACGUUGUGGUCUGUUCUGUUGGUCAUCGAUCCAUGGUGAAGGAAAAGGCAGCUGUGAUUCGAGAACUCUGGGCAGCUGGCAUAAAGAGUUCUCUCAUAGACAGUCAUCAGAGUUUAGAAGAAAUCCAGGACUACUGCCAAGAGAAUAUGGUGCCUCACAUAGUUAUGCUGAAGGACACAGAAACAGGAACCCUUCGGGUUCGAAGCUGGGAAAAGGAGAGGUUUCAAGAGAGGAAGGUGAAUGCCUCAGACCUGGUAGAGUUCUUGCAACGGUUGCUGAAGAGCAGUGGUGAGACUGCGGAGGCAAACAGUAUGCUGACAAGAUCAGAGUGUAAGGUGCCAUGCAGUGAUCCUGCAGGAGGAAAUUCCUUAGUGAAUAUAAACUUUCUAACUGUGGAAAAAUACCCAGCCAGUACUCGAAGGAGAUUUGAAGUUCAGAUGUUGUCACACAUGUCCAGCACACUUCAGUGUCUAUCUGCUAAAGUUCGUGUGGAAGUGUUGGCCCUGAAUGUGGAGUCUGCAGCAGUAAAGACAUUGGCUAUGCAUCUUGAGUUGGAUUUGGACCAACAAGAAUUUCAGAAGAGCAUUGCACUAGUAACUGAAAGGCACCCACGCCAUAGGAAAUACUUGAUAAGAAUCUGUGAUGAAAUCCAUGAUCUGAGAUGUGAAAAGAACUGUCCAGUAAUUAUACUAUAUAGCUUAGGUGAUAACGUUUUUAAAGUUCUUAUGUGACUGAAUAUUCCUGCCAACAGUACCUGUACUGAAGAACAAAGAGUGGCUACAAGUUUUUGUAUAUUUAUGUUUUGUGAGAUGGUUUAUAUUAGAUGUUGGUGCUGAAAGUUCUGAAAGUUUUGAAGGAUGAUUAAUGCCUGGCCCGCAACCAGUAUAAAACAGCAUUAUUAUGAACUUAAUGACCAUUUGGUAUUGAGAACACUUUGCAUUUCAUUGUGUUCUGUGCUACCAGUCUGUGAUAUGGAAGAAUAAAGUAUACUUAUAGAAAAUGUGUUGCAUUCCAUGCUUUGCAGAGCACACCAGUUUUCUGAGCACUAGUAAAAUCUGUUGACAGUGUGUACUAGCAUUAAUCUUGUACUUUCCCUUUCCCAGAUUCAUAUGUCUGUCUUUAACUGAACCAGCAAUUAUUCUGUAAAGAAUUCAUUGUUGCAUAUUCAGUACCUUUUCUGCACAUGAGGUUCUGCAAACUGCAUUUUACAGUUUAGAUUUUGUAUGGAAAAGUGUGUUGAAUGCUCUUUUUAUAACAGACUGCACAUAGUUGAGAACUUGUGGGUAAGAACGUUCAUUUUUGUAUGUAAUCUCAUUUUGCUCUCUUUUUAUUAUGGGAGGACUAUAGCGAGGAAAAUUUUUCCAUCCCCAUAGUAUAUGUUUCCAGGGCUCCAGAAAUGUGGUGUGAGUCUCCUAACUACUCCUCAUAUCCAGUCACUCACAUGUUGGAUUUGAGGUUCUCACAGCAAUGACUAUGAAGAGCAUAGUUUUCUGGAUCUUAUUGCCAUGCAGUGUGGAGAAAGACAGAACUUUUGGGGGAACAUAAUACCUCCAUUUUCAAGGAAGAAGAGUAAGUGAAACUAGAAACUAACAGAAGCAGGUGGUAAGCUCAGCUUCUGUUGGUUUCUUGCUUGUCUUAUUCUUCUUCCCCAAAAAAGGAGGCAUUAUAUUAUCCCAAAAAUUAGCCAAUCUCUGAACUCUAUGGUGUUGCAACAGAGAAGCAAGUGCUCUUCAGUCACAGUCUGAGAAGUAUGCCUUAUACACAUAUUUGUUUGCAUGUGAGUAACCUCAGUUAACUUACCAGUAUAUUUCUGGAGCCCUGAUUUGCUCUCUGACUAGAUUAUGGCAUGUAGAGUGCUUUUAAUGUAAAAAGGAAUUACAAGUGUGAAAGGUAUAGAUUGUAGUCUCCAAUAAAGAGUUUAUAUUUCUCAUUUUUACAUUAUAUUUUACAUUGAAAUUUAAAAAAUGAGAUUGAAAUGUUGUAUUAGUAGAUAUUUAUUCAUAAUACAUACUAUCAGUUGAUAGUAAUUAUAAGUGAAUUAGAUGAGAAAAUAAAGAACACUUAUGUUGCAGGGACCACAUAAACCCAAUACAUUUUAUGUAUUUGCCCUUUGAUGAAGACUGGAAAUUACUUCUCUGUUUCUUACAUUUUUACCAUUGUUUUGUCUCUGAAUAAAGUUCAUGCUUUGAAGACAUAAGAAAAUAUUCUAGUG